CCGCCGAAAAGAGAUCCGAACUGUUGCUUUGGCCCCGCCCCCUUGAAAAGUUACAAGUACCACCGGUCUUCCAGCCGGUGCGCAGUACUGCCUCCAUCAUCCGUUUACUUCACGACGUAAAGAGGGAGAGUCUAAAGUCAGACAAAAUGCGUGAGUGUAUUUCAAUGCACGUUGGCCAGGCCGGCACCCAGAUGGGCAAUGCAUGCUGGGAACUCUACUGUCUGGAGCACGGCAUCCAGCCCGACGGCCAGAUGCCCAGCGAUAAGUCGAUUGGAGGCGGAGACGACUCUUUUAACACCUUCUUCAGCGAGACUGGAGCUGGCAAACAUGUUCCCAGGGCGGUGUUUGUGGACCUGGAGCCCACGGUCAUAGAUGAAGUGAGAACUGGAACUUACCGCCAGCUCUUCCACCCGGAGCAGCUUAUCACUGGAAAGGAAGAUGCUGCAAACAACUAUGCUCGUGGUCACUACACAGUUGGAAAGGAGAUCAUUGACCUGGUUCUGGACAGGACUCGUAAACUGGCUGACCAGUGCACAGGGCUCCAAGGUUUCCUCAUCUUCCAUUCCUUUGGAGGAGGAACUGGCUCUGGCUUCACCUCUCUGCUGAUGGAGCGUCUCUCUGUCGACUAUGGCAAGAAGUCCAAGCUUGAGUUUGCGGUCUACCCUGCUCCUCAGGUGUCCACAGCUGUAGUUGAGCCUUACAACUCCAUCCUGACCACCCACACUACCCUGGAGCACUCCGACUGCGCCUUCAUGGUGGACAAUGAGGCCAUCUACGACAUCUGCCGCAGGAACCUGGACAUCGAGCGUCCGUCAUACACCAACCUCAACAGGCUGAUUGGACAGAUCGUCUCCUCCAUCACUGCCUCACUGCGCUUCGACGGCGCCCUGAACGUUGACCUGACAGAGUUCCAGACCAACCUGGUGCCCUACCCUCGUAUCCACUUCCCUCUGGCUACCUAUGCCCCAGUUAUCUCCGCAGAAAAAGCCUACCACGAGCAGCUCUCUGUGGCUGACAUCACAAACGCCUGCUUCGAGCCAGCCAACCAGAUGGUGAAAUGUGACCCUCGCCACGGCAAGUACAUGGCCUGUUGCCUCCUGUACCGCGGCGACGUGGUGCCCAAAGAUGUCAACUCUGCCAUCGCCACCAUCAAGACAAAGCGCACCAUCCAGUUUGUGGACUGGUGUCCCACAGGCUUCAAGGUGGGCAUCAACUACCAGCCCCCCACUGUGGUUCCUGGAGGAGACCUGGCCAAAGUGCAGAGGGCCGUGUGCAUGCUGAGCAACACCACUGCCAUCGCAGAGGCCUGGGCCCGUCUGGACCACAAGUUUGACCUGAUGUACGCCAAGAGGGCCUUUGUCCACUGGUACGUCGGAGAGGGAAUGGAGGAGGGAGAAUUUUCUGAGGCCAGAGAGGACAUGGCUGCCCUCGAGAAAGACUAUGAAGAGGUUGGAACCGACAGUGUCGGUGACGAGGAUGAAGGCGAGGAGUACUAGGCCAUAAACGCCUGCUUGCUGUGGUGCCGUUAUUCCGAGUUCUGAAAAAUUCCAAUAUGCAAGUUUCCUGUUAAAUUUGGGUCCAAUAAAGUUCAUAAAGAAA